GGAGAUGAGACCUACAGAACCAUAUUUAGGUUGAGACUAAAGAUAAUUAAUUUACUGGCCUUGUUCCAGGCCUGUUAUUUGGUUACAAUUUCCAAAAGGAGCCUUGUUCUCAGGCUUCAAGUUCGUUUAAGUGCCUUGUUCUUAGGCAUCAAGUUCAUAUUCAAGUCUCAUUCUUAGGCUUCAAGUUCAUCAGAGUCUCGUUCUCAGGCUACAGAACUGAUCAUGCAAUUACACAUGAUGUAUUUUGUGUUUUCUUUGGAAUGCCAGACACAUUGCAACCUUCACUGACCCAGGAUCCUGGACUGAAAAAAACAGGAAGAGACCUUGAGUGUUUUCCUCAACAGUGUACAGGGAAUUCCUGUGGCAUCUACAUGCUGAUGUAUGCUCUCAGCACCUGUACAUCAUGCCCACUAACAUUCACAGAGGAGGAGGUGCCAUUGAUUCGCCAGUGGUGGUGCAUUCAGUUGAUGGAGAGGUUUUGCCUUGAAGGGCAUGGACAGAGAUUUGCACACUGGACAGAAGAAGCAUCCCAACUCCUUCAGGGAACCCUUGAGCCUGUCUUUAGGGUGUCAAAAUCCACCACCACCAAACAGUCACCCAGCAGAAGAGUUGUGGCUGAAGAGGACACUGAUAAGGUGCAACAGCCUACCAUCGUGAGAGACCUUCAUACAGCUUGGUAUUGGGUAAACAAUCACAGAGACUCUUUCCGUGGAGAGGUGACAGAGCCUGCUUUUCUGCAGAUGAACAGUGAAAGUCAACAAAAUGCACUCAGGAAGACCCUGGGGAGUGAAUUCCCUGAAGCAAAGGAGGACUUUUUGUUUAUAUUUCAGUCUCAAGAUGACAUGGAAACAUUUUUGUCCUACUGUGUUGAUAAACAAGGCCUGAAGGUCAAUGCCAUGUUCCUCAAUCAGCAAUUGUAG